AAGUGACGAACGAUGUGACCUGGGAGGAUUCGCUCAUGGUCGGCCUCGAGGGAGCUCUCCUGGGAUGUGCUUACAAUGCAUUAUCCUGUCGCUCAUGUGGCUUGAUUGUGGGCUUCAUUCUUUAUUCUGCCUCCAGUGACCUGGCGUAUCUCCGAGGCUGCUUCUCUUUCUUCAAGGACAGCAUCCUCUGUUACCUCUUAAAAAAACAAAUGAUAAUAGAAGCUUCUAAGGUGAAUUUUCCUGCUGUGACCUUAAAGGAACAACUGCAGAAACUGAAAGAAAAGCUUGUGGAGGUCCAUGCUCGCAUGGAAUUGCUGAUGAAGAAGCUGGAGGAAGUGGAACAAAAGAAUAACAUAGCAGAAGGCAAAGCUCUGCAUCAGAUGCAGUUGGCCUACUGCCAGGAUAUGCAAUAG